CAUCACAAGUUCAUAACCCACCUGCUCCAUAAUUUACCGUUCCACUCAUACUCUCAUGUGUACUCCACUGCAGUACUUUGUACUUAUAAACUCAUUUUCACAUAUACACAUCUCUCCGUGCAAUCAAACACCCCACAAGCACAAAUCACAAACACAAAAAUGGGUUUCAAGCUUUCAUCUUUUCUUGCAACCCUUUUGUUCAUAUGUUUUAUUAACUAUGAUACAGUUUUGUCUAACAAAUUUGAGCAAGACCCAGUUACAAAAACUAUGCAUGACUUCUCUGGGUUCCCAAUUCAAGAAACCCACCUGCCCAAUUCACUUUCUUUGCUAUCUGUUGAUUCCCAGACUUUGCAAAAACAGAUUGAUGAGCUUUCGACUUUUUCGGAUUCACCCGCCCCAUCUGUAACAAGGAUUUUAUACAGUGAUAUGGAUGUAUUGGCUAGAAGGUAUGUUAAAAAUUUAAUGGGACUUGCUGGUCUCUCUGUCAGAGAAGAUGCUGUGGGAAAUAUCUUUGGUCGGUGGGAAGGCUAUGAACCAGAGAUUGGUGCUGUUGCAACUGGUUCUCACAUAGAUGCUAUUCCAUACUCUGGAAAAUAUGAUGGGGUUGUUGGUGUAUUGGGUGCUAUAGAAGCCAUUAAUGUACUGAAGAGGUCUGGCUUUAAACCUAAAAAGUCAUUGGAGGUGAUCAUGUUCACCUCUGAAGAACCAACAAGGUUUGGGAUCAGCUGCUUGGGAAGCCGCUUACUAGCAGGGAGUGAGGAGCUUGCUAAAGCGCUGAGGAAUACGGUUGAUAAUCAAAAUACUUCAUUUUUUGAUGCAGCAAGCUUUGCUGGUUAUGAAAAGGAUGAAGAGAAGCUAUCAAGUGUAUUUCUAGAUAAGGGAAUUUAUUCAGCAUUUAUUGAGCUGCACAUAGAGCAAGGCCCUAUACUGGAAAAAGAAGGUAUUUCAAUUGGUGUUGUGACGGCCAUUGCGGCUCCUGCAAGCAUCAAAGUGGAUUUUGAAGGCAAUGGAGGUCAUGCAGGUGCCGUCUUAAUGCCAGAUAGAAAUGAUGCAGGACUGGCUGCUGCGGAACUGGCAUUAGCUGUGGAGAAACAUGUACUGGAAUCUGGAUCAGUUGACACUGUUGGCACCAUUGGUAUCAUGGACCUGCAUCCCAGAGCCAUCAAUAGCAUUCCAAGUAAAGCACACCUGGAAAUAGAUACACGGGACAUUGAAGAAAGCAGAAGAAAUAUUGUAAUUGAGAAAAUUCAUCAAUCGGCUAUGGCCAUAUCAAAAAAGCGUGGUGUCAAACUUUCAGAAUUUCAAAUUGUCAACCAAGAUCCUCCUGCCCUUUCUGACAGUUCAGUAAUUAAGGCAAUGGAAUUAGCAGCAUCAGAGCUAAAUCUGACAUACAAAAAAAUGAUCAGCAGAGCUUAUCAUGAUUCAUUGUUUAUGGCCAGAAUAUCUCCAAUGGGAAUGAUUUUUAUUCCAUGCUACAAAGGUUAUAGCCAUAAACCUGAAGAAUUUGCAUCCCUUGAUGAUAUGGCAAAUGGGGUCAAGGUAUUGGCAUCGACCCUCGCCAAAUUAUCCUUACACUGAUGACCACUUCCUUGACAUCCCUCUACAACUGAAAACCUUCUCAAAUGAUCGGAAUUCUGCUGUAUUAAAUUUAUCUGGCAUGUAAUGAUUAUUAGUAUAUGAUUUAGUUUAUAUAAACAUAAAGAAACUGUCAGUUGUUACUGUAACCGGUGAAAAUGGGAUCUGGGGAGCUGGUAUUAGCAGCACAAAUAAUUUCAAGUCCCCCUUAAUUGAUGUUCUCUUUGAAUUCAAAUACUACAGUAUAUCAGGUAGUAGAAAAUAGUACCUUUUGAUUUGCA